CCAAAUGUUUAUGUUCGAUGUUUUGUAGGAGUAAUGAAAAAUGUCGUGCGUUCAGCAAAUGGAUGAAUUGGUAAAAGAAUACCUCUUGUUCAGGGGUUUCACAUCAACUGUACGUGCUCUAGAUACAGAGGUGAAAUCUGAAAAAGAUAAGGCUUUUCGGCCAGAUAAAAUAGUCGAGCAAUUUGUUCACUAUAUUACCUUGUAUGACUUGCAUGGGCUUAAAGAUUAUUGGAAUCAUUUUGACCAGUCUGUGUUUGAACGACUGGACCAGAAUUUCAUGCCAGCCAUUAAGAAAAUGGAGAAUUCACUGUUGCGAAUGUAUCUAAUUAAUGCAUGUGUCAAUGGUAAACAAGAGAAAAUCCAUGAGUUUUUUGAAAAACUUGGUUAUGAAUUACAACAUCAACUUGAAUGGAAAGACUGGUUUGCCUUACCUUUCAUAAAAAAUCCAGAAGAAAAUCCCACAUACAUGGUUUAUUUUACUCGACAAUGGCAGGACACAAUGCUAAUUUCUUUGCAUAAUUUAUUAGCUAUUUCCUUCCAGUGCUUACCUCAGCCAAAACUGACUACAUACCAUGAAGAGGCAGCGCGCGUUACUCGCCUGCAAGCUGAAAAUGAUCAACUGAAGUCGAAGUUGGCCAGAUCAAAUGUUUGCGAUUCUCGUGAGUCCUGCAGUGCUAACAUACUUUCAUCAGAUACUUUGCCUCCUGGUCUUGAUCUGAUAGAUGAAUUUUAUCUCAUUCCUGUUGACACAUCGCCAGCUGACAGUCACAGUCGCUCCUUCAGGAGUUUUAUACGUGGUUUUGGGACGAACAGUACAGGACUCGGUGGUUCACUUAACACAUCUCCGCUUGCUGGUCGAAGGGCUUCUUCUUCCCCUAUGAAUCGACUCUGAUCGGAAACACGGCAGUCAAGUGACAACUUAAAACUAUAGCCUCGUCUUUUUUUUUGUACUGAAUUUGUCGAAAUUGAACGUGAUGAUCCUAGUUUGACCGGGAGUAAAAAAAUUUUACGUUAAAA